AUGCUCCGCGUCAUUUCUCAAAGAGCAUUAGCCCAAUGGCAGCAACCUGUGAAACGAGCCCACAGUAGCACGAGUUUCGAUGGUUUCUUUGCUAAUACAGCAUGGCGACCAUGUGGACGCCAACAGCAACAGUCAUUCUCUCGUGGAGGGCCGAGCGCUUUCCUAUUAGUACAGCAUCGUUUCUUUACGAGUUCAGCUGAAGCAGCAACAACAACAAAAACAACGGCAACCCAGCAACAAUUAAAUACUAUAUGGCGCGUGUACAUACGACCUCAUUACUACAACAAUGGAAAAUCCAAAUUGUCACAAGCACUCAACCAACAACGCAAUCCAUUUCGACAAUUCGGACGACGGUUAAACGACGUGAACCCCAACAGUGUAUUAUACAGCGUCAUUGGCGCCAAUGUCGCCGUGUUUUUCAUGUGGCAAUAUGCUAUCAACUGCUAUCGUCAGUUUGGUGAUGGUAGUUGGCUCAACUUUAUGAGGGCCAAUUUUGUGAACUCGCGCGAGGCGAUCCAACACGGCUAUUAUCACACACUCUUGACGUCGGCUUUCUCGCACAAGGAUAUGGGUCAUUUGGGUCUCAAUAUGCUGGUGUUAUAUUCGAUGGGACAGGCAGCUAUUGAAGCCAUUGGCGCGUCACGGUUCUUGCUGUUGUAUGCGGGAGCCGGCAUCGCAGGUAGCUUAGCGACGCAGGCAUAUCAAAAAUGGAUCAGGCCACAGUUGGUCAAGAAAAGUUUCUUUUCGGGUCGCCGUCAAUUUGGCGGGUUGGGCGCAUCAGGUUCGGUGAUGGGUAUUACUGCCUUCUAUGCAUGUGCAUGUAAGUUCUAUCAGCCUUAG